UUUCCAAAUGGUGCUUCCGCUUCGUUUCCUUCCUAGGGCCUCCGAAGCCGCCCAGGCAUCGGGCAAAUAGGAACAGAGGCUUGCGCGAUUUUUCGAGCCGUUCCAUGGCAUCAAAUGACGACACUGCUUCCCAGGGCCCAAACACGACAACGACAGGCGAGCCGCGACAGACGGACAGACAGACAGACAGACAGGCUGAGCAUGGACCAUGGACGCCCAUAGAUUAGUCGUCGUCGUCUUCGUCGUCGUCGGCUCUUGGUCUGUCUCGGGUUCGCCUGAUGGAGCGUGCGCCGCUCUUCCCCUACCCUUUCCCACUCUUCAUUGCCGCCGUACGACGUGCGUGAACCGCACAAGCUUGGACGCCGCCGUGGAAUAUUCUUGGGGGAUGGAUGAGGCGGAUCAAAAGACGACAACGCUGGCGUUCAGCACAUACAACAACGAGUACGGAUACAACCGGCGCAUGUCUCUCUUCCAAACGGCCAUUAAGUGCCUCAUCCGGGUCAAUUGGAACAAGACGACGCCAAUUGGCGCACUGGACCAAGUUCCGCGAGAAUCGUUCCGCCCGGCGGUCGCGGAUUGCAGUUUUUUUUUUUCUCUCCGUGUAAUUACAGUGGCACUCUCACCACACGCAUCAGUCAUCAAGCCACGGCGGAUAACAUGCCGCAGUUCCAACGUGGCUUGCUAGGAGUCUAGGACUUGCCAGGAAGUAGGUAGGUAGGCAUCGUGGAAGGCGAGUACGUACUUCGUACAAAUUGUGCAAGAUCAGACAAUUAGAGUACGUAUCUUCCCUGAC